AUGCCUGGGGUUGGUGAGAUCGUCGGUGGUUCAAUGCGUAAGCAAGGCUUGCAAGAAAUUCUUGACGGUUACACUUCGGAAGGAAUAGACGCUUCACCUUAUUACUGGUAUACUCAACAGCGAGAAUUCGGCACUUGUUCGCAUGGCGGCUACGGCCUUGGCUUCGAACGCUUUUGUACCUGGAUUACGGGAAAAGACCAUAUUCGUGAUGUUUGCCUUUACCCCCGCUACCUUGGUCGUUGUCGGCCCUGA